CUCUUUUUUCUCUCCGAUUUCUUUGUUCCUAUUUUUUUAUCUCAAUGAUCGGCCUCCAAAACUCCACAGAAUCAAAGAAAAUAAUGGGGAAAAAAAAUCCAAUCCCAUCGAUUUGCUCGGAAAUUCAUGCAAUUUCUUGUCCAUCAAGUAAUUUCUGAGAAAAGUUUAGUGUUUUUUUUUCCUGGUUUUUUUUUUUAAUGUUCUUUAGAUUUUUAGGGUUUUUUUUUUUAAGAUCCUCUUCAGAUCCAUGAAUCCUUGUUGUUUCUGCUGAAAAGUUGUGAUUUUGAUGAAUUUUGAGAAGUUUCCAUGCAUAAAUGUGAGACUUUUGCUGCCUUCAAUUGUUGGGUAUUUGGUAGGAAGUCAAUAACUUUUUAGGAUUUACUUGAAUGUGGAAUGUGGGUCUUCUUUCUCUAUUUAGAGUGGUUGGUGAGAGUUGAGAGUUGGAGGAAUUUAUUUUCAAUCAUAGAGCACUGUGAAUUUUAUCCAUGAGAAGAAGCAUUUGAGCAAGUUUAUUGGAUUGAGAGGGUUUUGUAGAUCUAAUUAGUAGUUUGGAGGAUUGUUUCAUUGAAGGUAGUUUCCAAAAUUGUGAGCUUUUGCCUUCAAGGUGUUUGUAUUAAUGCCGAUGCCUAUUUUAGAAGAAGGUCGUGGUGGUGGUGGUGGUGGUGGUGGUUUUGGUAGCAAGGAGACUGAGUCUAUAGAUGUUGUGAAUCCGGUGAACAACGGGAAACCACCAAGGCACGUUCCAUUGAUUCGGCAUCCCGGGAGCACAGCUAGACUUGGUGGUUCGGCUGAAUUGGAUUUGGAUAUUGGGAGUUUGGGCUUGAGGUCCCCAUCUGAUGUGAUUCCUGGGUUCUUACCGGUGUUUCGAUCAGGAAGCUGUGCGGAGAUCGGCCCGAAAACAAACAUGGAAGAUGAGCAUAUAUGUAUUGAUAAUCUUGUUGAUCAUCUUGGAGGUGUUGCUUGUUUUCCUUCCCCGGGGGCUUUCUAUGGGGUAUUUGAUGGCCAUGGUGGCACAGAUGCUGCAUCAUUUGUGCGAGAGAACCUUCUCCGGUUCAUAAUUGAGGACACACACUUCCCGAAUUAUGUUGGUAAGGCCAUUAAGAGUGCAUUCAUGAAAACUGAUCAUGCAAUCGCCGAUUCCAUUUCGAUUGAUAAGUCCUCAGGCACCACAGCUCUGACUGCUCUUAUUUUUGGAAGGACUCUGCACAUUGCCAAUGCUGGUGACUGCCGGGCAGUGUUAGGUAAGCGAGGACGGGCGGUUGAGCUAUCAAGAGACCACAAACCGAAUUGCCACAGCGAAAGGCUUAGAAUUGAGAGGCUCGGGGGCAUGGUCUAUGAUGGAUAUCUAAAUGGGCAGCUGUCAGUGGCAAGAGCUCUUGGUGAUUGGCACAUGAAGGGUCCUAAAGGCUCUGUUAGCCCAUUGAGUGCUGAACCAGAGCUACAAGAGACGACACUAUCAGAGGAGGAUGAGUUCUUGAUCAUGGGCUGCGACGGCCUUUGGGACGUCAUGAGCAGCCAAUGUGCUGUGACAAUAGUCAGGAAAGGGCUCAUAGCACACAAUGAUCCUCAGAAAUGCGCGAGAGAGCUUGUGCAAGAGGCUUUAAGAAGAAAUACAUGCGAUAAUUUAACUGUCGUGGUUGUAUGUUUUUCCACUGAACCUCCCCCUCGGAUCGAGAUCACAAGGUCUCGAGUCCGGAGAAGUAUAUCUUUGGAGGGACUGAACUUUCUUCAGGGUGUUCUCGAUACGGUAUGAAGGAGAUGAGUUGCCAAUAUUUUCUGAGUUCUGCUUCUUGUGUACAGAUUGUAUGUAUGAUGCAUGUGUUCCAAUGUAUUUUCAGUUGUGGAAUAAUGGUGCUAGGUGUUUCAAAUUAGUUGUUGUUUAGGAUAACUUUUGUAAAUUUGUAAUCCAAUUAUUUGUCAAUGAAUAAUUAUCUGUACCAUAGAUUUUGGCAGAUAUCUAUUAUUAAUGCUUUUUCAAACACAGGCUGUGA